UCUCACGAUGUUCUUCUGAGCUAACACUUUGCCUCAAGGAUAAUGUAAGCUUCUUAUAGAUUAUUACUUUGAUUACUUCCAGCUAACUUUAUCCACUUUUGAUUUAGGUGAAGUUUAGAUCUAACAGGUCAUUUGCAUUAAGCUUUUAUUGAAAUUCAAAUUUGUUAUUUUAUAAAUGUAGUUUGUUUUGAAGUUGGCUUUACAUUUGUAAGUUCCUUGUCUGAUUGUGGCAGGAAGAAACAUUUGUUUUGGUUGGAUGUCUUUGUUUCUUGGUUUUGGUUGAGUUUGGUGAACAGUGUGUCUGACGCCUCAGUAACAGGUGAAGAUGUCGCAGCUCUGUCCUCUGUAUUCAAACAGUAGAAACUCUCUCUCUCUCUCUCAUUGGUUUGAUCUGGACAGAGGUGCUACGCCCACUGAAGGUUAAAGGUGAUGUCACAGAUCUGAAGCUGUGACAGAGAUAGAGCCGUCACUGCUGUGACCUUUGAGCUGUAGCUAUGGCUCUACCUCCACCUUUCAGACCAUGGCUGACAGUGGUCUGCGUGCUGCCUGUGCUAAUGGAUCAGAUUCCUGGGGUCCUGCAGAAGUGCAUCUAUGAUGAAGUCCAGGCUGAGGUCAGAAAAGUCAGACUAGAACCUGCAACCUCACAGGGUCGUGGGUUUUACUCUCAACGAUUAGAAACAAACCCCAGAGUCGGGGCAUCUCCACAGCCAAUAAGGAUCCACACCUGGAUCACCAGAGAGAGUGACAACCUACCAGAGGCUGAGAGAAGACGAGUGAUGAUGGCGGUGGAGGAGGGGGUGGACAAGGUGUCUUCUCUGCUGUCAGUUCCUAGGAUUGUGGGUCCGUUGCUGCUCAGCAGAGACAUUAGCAAAUACUGCAAGUUCGUAUGGAGCAACUCGGGAGGCGCUAACUCCAACAGGUGGGUGGUGUCGUACUCUACGCCUGAAAAACCGGAGCAGAAAUGUCUUCAACUAAUGUUUAUCUCCAGGUGUGGUCGAGCCAACGUCAACUACAGGAAUGAAACCUGCCUGGAUGUGACGAUCCCAGACCAACACCUGUCUGGUUGUUACAUUUAUCCACAGCCUGAUUCACCCUACAGAACUGUUCUCAGAGCUGAAGGUUCCGGAGUCAGUGACACCGACUUCCUGCUCUACUUGCAUAUAGGCUCCACCCACAAGUGCAGAGCCGAGCCUGACGUGUGGGCCUACGCUGCCCACUGUCAGACAGACACUGAUGGACGUCCAGUGGCUGCGGUGGUUGUCAUCUGCAGGGACAGACUGACCCAGCAGACGUACAAACACCAGGCAACAGUCCAGAUGGUGAUUCAUGAGCUGUUUCAUGUUCUGGGCUUCUCCAAAGACCUGUUUCCCACCUGGACAGACUGUUCCACCCACACUCACGGUUAUUUAUUUUAUUUUAUUUUUUAAACCAAUUUAAUAUUUGUGGUUGUUUGCCUUUUGGACACAAAAUCUCAAUCUUAACAAAAUCUCCACUUGGCUGUUAGCUAAUGAUCUUUGCUCGGGAGGCAAAAGUUGUUCAAUAAGUGGUUAAGAACUAGAAAAAAAGUUAUGGAAAAUAUAGCUAGAUGUUACACCAAAACUAAUGUCUGAAUUACUGCUAAAAGUAGCACAAAAAUGCAUGAAACUAUGACCAGAACUGAUUACAGUUAGCAGAACAAAGACUCACUACUCUUUGCAUUUCUGUGUGUUGUCCUGCAGGGGGUGCUAAAUGUUCCCCUCAGAAG